AACCAAAGCCAAAAGCCUCAAAAAAUGGCUUCUUCCUCCCCCUCCCUCUUUUCUCAAACCACCUUCAUCACCAUCACAUCCAUCCUCCUCCUUCUCCUCUCUUCUCUCUCCUCCGCUUCUACUUCCAAUACUACAACACACCCACGUCCCUUCAAGACCAUCUACGCCUUCGGCGACUCCUACACCGACACCGGCAACACCGAAUCCGCCACCGGCCCAAACGCCUUCACCUACGUAUCACACCUUCCUUAUGGCAGCACUUACUUCCACCACCCUACCAACCGAUACUCCGACGGCCGUCUAAUGAUCGACUUCGUUUCUCAAACUCUCUCCUUACCCUUCUUGCCACCUUACCGGAACCGUAACGCCGAUAAAUCGUACGGUGUGAACUUUGCCGUUGCUGGUUGUACUGCUAUAGAGCACAGUUUCUUUGUCAAGAACAAUCUUACACUGAACAUUACUCCUCAGUCGCUUGGAACUCAGCUUGUUUGGUUCAACAAGUUCUUGGAGGGUAAAGGGUGUAUAGGUGCAACGGCGACGCCGGAGUGCACGGCGGUGUUCAAGGAUGCGUUGAUAUGGGUUGGUGAAAUUGGGGCCAAUGACUACGCCUACUCGGUUGGAUCUUCUGUUCCAAGCAAAACUAUUCGACAACUUGCAAUAAAUACUGUUACUGGUUUUCUGCAGGCAUUGCUCAAGAAGGGUGCAAAGUACCUUGUCGUCCAGGGCCUCCCAACAACCGGAUGCCUAACCAUGUCCAUGGUGUUGGCUUCAGAAGACGAUCGAGACGACAUGGGCUGCGUCGGCAGCGUUAACAAGCAAAGCUUCGUCCACAACACCAUCCUUCAAUCCAAGCUCAGAGAUCUCAGGAAACAGUUUCCUCAUUCUGUCAUCGUCUAUGCUGAUUACUGGAACACCUGCAAAACAAUCAUCAAAAAUGCAAAAUACUAUGGCUUCAACGAGGUGUUCAAAGCUUGCUGUGGAUCUGGUGGUGGACCAUACAACUUUGAUUUGUUCAAUGCCUGUGGCUCCUCUGCCUCGAGCUCGUGCCCGAACCCGUCUCAGUUCAUCAAUUGGGAUGGAGUUCAUCUCACUGAAGCCAUGUACAAGGUGGUCUCUGACUCGUUUCUUAGUGGAACGUCUUCUCACCCUCCAUUUGAUUACUUGUUGAGCAGGAAACAGCAAUCAGGAUGAACUGAUCAGGGUUCGAUCAAAAUCGUUGUCAUCGUUAUUGUCGCUGUUGAGCUUUUGUAAGCCAUAGGAAGUCAUUUAAUAUACAUAUUAUGGUUGAAGUUUCUUAUGAAAAUUCUCCUGUAAGAGUUAUGAGAUGAUAUAAGUUUUGUUGAGGAUAUUUCUGGGCAAAAAAUGGAAAAAAAGAUCCAGGGGAAAUCUAGAAAUUAUUUUAAUCACCCAAAAAGUUUAUGAACUGAGACCAAAAUCUCACAGAUUCAUAUAGCCAGCUGUUUGUAAGAAUAAGAAAUGUGAUCUCUUAAUUGUUUGAUCAAAUCUAGAACAGUUGAUGUAGAAUAUGUAAAGGGCAGAUACCUUGUUCACAGGAGAAGAUUAAAG